AACCUAACACGAUAUUAAUAACCCUUAAAGUCUCUAUCUAAACCUUUUAACAUUUUGCCACAAAUUUGAAAAUGAGCACCGCUAACUAAUCGGUGGAGAAUUACGUUUAUCCUCGGAAUUGGCCUGAGACAUGAAUCCAAUUGGCAGUCCUGUUCCCAAAGAAGGGUUGGUUAUAGGAAAACAAACGAAACCAACGCAUUUAGAGACAACAUUCCGAAUAACCCCAGGAAAUUAUCAAAUCCAAGGGAGCAUGUGGGUGUCCCGACGGCUCCCAUGUCCAUGGAUCAAGUGUGCAUCAUCCGUGAGUGGAUUCCGUUCUAGUGGGUUGAGCUCGUCCUAUCCGCCGUCUUUGAGCUUCAGAGGCGUGUCCUCAUCAACGUUUCACGAUGAUAGAAAAGUGGAAACCAAAUCGAAUCCGGAUGCUUCAUCCAAGGCCGUGCAUUUAUCCUAUAAGGCCUAUGAAUCCCGUCCUAAGAAAGACAAACCCAUGACGAAAUCGCCUUUGGUCAUUCAACACAGUCUCUUGGGCAGCAAAACCAAUUGGAAGAAUAUUGCCAAGGAAAUCAAUCACUUGACUCGGCGAAAAGUCGUGACGGUGGAUGCCCGUAAUCAUGGUGAAAGUCCGCGAGAGCCUUCAAUGUCGUACAACCUCAUGGCCAAAGAUCUCAGGCUUCUUUUGGACCACCUUCAACUGGACAAAGUCUCCUUUAUGGGACAAACCAUGGGUGGACGAAUUGGCAUGAUUUUGGCACUGACCCAGCCACAAUUAAUCGACAAGCUCGUUUGUGUGGAUGCCACGCCCUUUGAUUCUGAGAUUAGCAUCAAUCGUUGGCGAACCCUGAGGCAAGCUUGCGCUCACCUUCAAAAUUUGGAACACGAACUCCGGUCCGUCCAUGGGAUCGAGAGGAGCUCCUUGGCUGAUAAGGCCAUUCAAGACAUCCUUCCCGACACCCGAGAUCGGAGUUUCUUCUUAAGCAACCUGCUUUGCGAUCCGGCAACAGGACAGAUGCCCAAUGCAAAUACUCCGUUGUGGCGAAUCAAUUUUUCGUCAUUCCUGGGCAAUCCCGACAUGACAACAUCAUUUCCGAAAUUCAAGAAUGUCAGCUUCCCAGGGAAAGUCCUUUUCAUCGCGGGAGAUCGGUCUCAAUUCAUCAAAAAAGAGGACGAGGAUCGCAUUCGAGACCUCUUUCCCAACGCUAGAUUUGCGUGGAUCCCCAAUUGUGGGCAUUGGGUUCAAACCGACAAACACGUGCAGUUCCUUAAAACGGUUGUUCCAUUUUUGGAAGGAAAAUAAACGGCAUUAUUUUAA